AUGAAUGGCUCAGAAGGAGAGUUGGAAUAUGAAGAAAUCACUUUGGAGAGGGGAAACUCAGGGCUGGGAUUCAGUAUAGCAGGUGGAACAGACAACCCUCAUAUCGGAGAUGAUCCAUCAAUCUUCAUCACAAAGAUCAUACCUGGAGGAGCAGCAGCACAGGAUGGACGACUCAGGGUGAACGACAGCGUCGUAUUGGUUAAUGAUGUGGAUGUGCGUGAAGUCAGCCACUCCACUGCCGUGGAGGCACUGAAGGAGGCAGGGCCUGUCGUCAGGCUGUACGUCCAGAGGCGACGCCCCCCCGCUGAACGAAUCACUCAGAUCAAACUCGUCAAAGGUCCUAAAGGGCUGGGUUUCAGUAUUGCUGGAGGAGUGGGGAAUCAACAUGUUCCAGGAGACAACAGCAUCUAUGUCACCAAGAUCAUCGAGGGCGGAGCCGCACACAGAGAUGGACGGCUAGAAAUAGGAGACAAAAUACUGGCUGUGAACAGUGUGUGUUUAGAGGAUGUUCUUCAUGAAGAUGCGGUUGCUGCACUGAAGAACACGGCUGAAGUGGUUUACCUCAAAGUGGCGGCGCCCACUUCCCUCUACACCCCUCCCCCUGACAGAUACAGCCCCCCCGACCUGACCUGCUUAAAGUCUCUAUCAUAUGCUACCCAUCUCAAUAACUCCUACAUGGAACCGGACUACCUGUGUGAUUACCCACAAGCACUCCCGCCUCCAUCACCACGACAGUACUCACCGACCCCCCACGCCAUGAUGGGAGAGGAUGACUACUCCAGGGAACCUCGGCGUGUGUGUGUCCACCGCGGGUCCACCGGCCUUGGCUUUAACAUUGUGGGAGGUGAGGAUGGAGAGGGAAUCUUCAUCUCAUUCAUCCUGGCUGGAGGACCUGCAGACCUUAGUGGAGAACUUCACAAAGGAGACCAGAUCCUCAGUGUUAACGGGAUUGAUCUCAGAAAUGCCACACAUGAACAGGCAGCAGCAGCACUGAAGAAUGCGGGAGAGAUGGUUACCAUAGUAGCACAAUACAGACCAGAGGAGUACAGCCGUUUUGAGGCUAAGAUCCAUGACCUGAGAGAACAGAUGAUAAACAGCUCAUCUGGAACCCUGAGAGCCAACAGAACAUUUUACAUCAGAGCCCUGUUUGACUAUGACAAGCAGUGGGACAGCGGUGUCCUAUCACAGGCUCUCGACUUCAGCUUUGGGGAGGUGCUUCAUGUGACAGACAGUUCAGACGACGAAUGGUGGCAGGCCAGGCGACUGAACCAACAGGGCGAGCUGGAAGUGAUAGGAUACAUCCCAUCUAAACACAGGGUGGAGAGGAAGGGCUGGUCAAGGCUGAAAAAUAAAGGUAUAUUUUUUUCUUCUCUGAAAACAUGUGGAGAGGGUUUUGUGCAGAGUUAUGAGAUGGUCACUCAGAUUGAAGUGGACUACGCUCGGCCAAUCAUCAUCUUGGGACCCACCAAAGACAGAGUGAAUGAUGACCUGCUGUCUGAGUUUCCUGAUAAAUUUGGAUCCUGUGUUCCUCAUACAACUCGUCCACAGAGGGAGUACGAGGUGGAUGGGCGGGACUACCACUUUGUGUCAUCACGGGAACAGAUGGAGAGAGACAUCCAAUCACAUCGCUUCAUAGAGGCGGGGCAGUACAAUAACCACCUGUAUGGAACAUCAGUCCAGAGUGUGAGACAAGUGGCACAGCAGGGGAAACACUGUAUUUUGGAUGUUUCGGCGAAUGCUGUAAGGAGGCUACAGGCAGCUCAGCUCCAUCCCAUCGCUAUCUUCAUCCGUCCACGUUCUCUGGAGAACAUCCUGGAUUUGAAUAAGCGUCUCUCUGAGGAACAGGCCAGGAAAGCUCUGGACAGAGCCAUAAAACUGGAGCAGGACUUUAUUGAGUGUUUCACAGCCAUAGUGGAGGGAGACAGCUUUGAGGAGGUGUACCACCACAUCAAGUCUGUCAUCGAGGAGCAGAGUGGUCCUUACAUCUGGGUCCCCACCAGGGAAAGGCUCUGA